AUGGUGACAGCUGUAGAAAAUGAAAUUGAAGGAAGAGGGAAAAAGAAAAAAAUUGCUUUAUUCAUAUACAUCGCGGACUUAGUACUGAAGAAGUUCUUCAUUUUAAAGCUAAUAUACGCCUUCGUGUUUUGGGUGGUCGUUCAUAAAGCUGGCUACUUCUUAACUUGGUUCGUCAGCUAUCUCAAAGAUUACAAGUUAAAACACCAUGAGCAUUACGACCACCAUGAGUACUAUGUACCCCAUCAACACUACGAGUAUGGACCCCCAGGACCAUACAGGAAAGAAAGUCAUGGAAUAUAU